ACAGUCGUGGUGGAGGGAGGGGUCGAGACGAGUCGCCUCCCUGAGUAAUUGGUGAGCUGAGGAGUGAGAAUCUCGUCAUUUUUCUGUAUUUUUUCAUCUAUUUCCCCCUCUCCACAUACCGUGCAGCGCCAGGAGGGACCUUAAGGGCACAGGAACGCCCCAGCAAGAAGGCAAGCAGGGCAGUGAAUACGUGAAGGCGAGAAUUGAGAGUUGAAGAGUAGUAAGGAGAGGAGAGAGGGAGAGGGAGAGAGCGGCCACAGCUGUCUUCUCGAUUUCGGAAACCCGCAGACAAUGGACAAGAGCAUGCCAGCUGCAGAGUAAGUUAGUGAGUGACUUUCUUCGGAAAGUGUGAGCACCCUUGCCCCGCCGUCUGCUCAAUGCCUAUCUACUCAUCCACCAUGGCCGGGGAUGUGUGGGGCCAGUGGUUUGCGUGCUGCAUCACCCAGCAGCCCCCCCAGCGGCGGCGCAGGCGCAUCGACCGCACCAUGAUAGGCGAGCCCACCAACUUUGUGCACACAGGCCACAUUGGGUCCAGCGACGUGCAGAUGGGCAACAAUCAGCUGGCCCAGCUGCAGUCCCAGAUGAAAAGCAAAGGCGGAUACGAGCAAGCUCUGCCUCACAACCACAUGAUGACCGUCGUGCCCGUGCAGAACACAUAGGUGAGCCCUGGCCUGUGCUGACUGGAGGUCCUGUUUGCAGAGUGUAGCUUUAUAAGGAAACACUAAACUACAAAGAAAAUAGAUAUGAUGAGAAGUGGUUCCCUCUGAUUGUUGGUGAAUAACUGAGGGUGCAGAGCAGCUUGUUGUGGCUGAUAUGGUGUGUGAUGUGAUGAUGAGACAACAGUAUUAUAUAGUCAGAAUUUAUGUGGCCUCUUUGUGAGAUGACCUGACUUCUACAUAUGGAUAGCAGUACUGCUUUAAUUGUUGCCAAUUUAACAAGGUUUGUCACUUACCUUGCAUUUGUAUGUAAUAAAAGAACAAAAGUAGAAUAUUGAUUGGUUCAGAACUGGUGGGAAAGUAAAUAUGGGUAGACUAAAUUGUGUGUGUUGGAAGAAAUGAAUGUUUCCUCUUUGCUUCCAGAGGCGCGAAGUGGCCGUAACUCAAUUGCUCCUCCCCACAAACAGGCUUGUGAUCAGCCUCCUCAUGUUCUGCAAGCUUGGAAGGUGUAGAUCUUGCCAAAGGGGAAAUAUUUAGCCUGUGCUGUGUCUCCAGUCUAUGGUGCUCCCGUUGUUCAGGUGUGAAUGUUCCCUGUGGCCCGGGACUGACUUGGGUCCCCAGGCCUCAGUGUGUCUUGCGUGCUUCACCAAGGUUUCUGCUGAAACUGCCGUGUUUUUGUUUCAUCUUGUCUGCAUUUAGUUGUAAUUUCUUGACUGAGUGAAAUUCUUUGCAACGGUUACAUCUCAUUCUCCAUAGAUCUGAAUAUUUUAACUUUUAGAUUUAUUUAAAUUAGAUUUUGUUAUGCUCAAGUUUUUAGCAAAUUAGUGUAAAGAAUUUAUAAACCAUUUUGAAUGAAGUGACAAGAGUGACUGUAUAUACAGUGUGAAAUUGAUGCAUACGCUAGUCUUCUUUACAUGAACAUCAACGUAGAAACUGCUGAGGUGAUGUGGGUGAUAGCUUUACAAAAUUAUACCUGUCUGCAGGUGAAAGUUGAUAUUAGCAACUAAUACUUUAAGGUUUGUCCUUUUACGUUGGCCAGACGUGUGGCUGUUGCCGCUGCUGGUCGCCUUGAGAUAUGGUUGUCAGGUUGGGGAUCCCACCUUGGUCUUUCCAGGAGUGUGAAGUGACGGGCUUCACCUCUCAACAUUCUUCCAUGGGCAAUUAAAUCUUUGGUUGGUCAUGCUUUGGGUGCUUUUAUUUCUGCAAUGAGCUAGAGUGGUAGAGGUGAAGGCCAGGUUCAUGCCUUUCUUGUGUACAAAUACUGCACAAAUGUAGGAAUGCAAGUACUCUUUUUAAUCUUUUAAUGGUUGGUGGCAUAAAAGAUAUUCCUUUUUAUCUUUAUAUUUGUUGUAAAGUAAGAGAGGAAUAGAGUUCAUCAGCCAGUCAGAAUGGUGUGGGUGGGUGUUGUAUUACUUUUAAUCGGAAACUUGUUUGUUUCCAUUUCCAUUCACAUUGCACAAGCCUAAAAUAAAAAAAAAAAAGAUGUGCACUAAAUUUGCACUUCCAUUGAACAUUCCAGACCCAGACCCUUUGAAACUCAUACACCAAAAUUUCACUUAUCAUCACGCAGUCUAUUUUGGACUUCAUUUUCUCUGAUGUAAGGUCUACGUCACGCUUGGAAAAAUUUGCACCCAAAAUAUCCAUUGUAAGAGUUUUAUGAAAUCCCGUAUUGUCAUUCCAGAAAAAAGUCCUGCAAACCAAAUUAGUGUAUUGUUGGUUUUGGAUCUUUGGUUGGAGGCUUCAGACCUGACAGGUGGAGCUUGUGUCUUGCCACCUGUUUCAUGUAAAGAGUAACACAGUAAUGGCUUAGUUAUUUAUACAGAAGAGAGUUGUGCACAAAUAAAGUAAAUGCACAUGUGGUUAGCAAUAGAUGAAAAUCACUCAGGUAAAUUAACUCACUAAUUAACACAAGGAGGUGCCAUUUUUAUAGAUAUGCAAACAAGUCAUUUUCUUAGAUUAUAUUUAUACACGAGGGAGAAAGUUAUUUUGUACUGAGCAUUCCAAAUUUUUUAUAACAGAUGAGGUCACAAUCCACCUGACUACUGACUAACGGGGUAAUACAGUAAAAUGCACUCAAGAUGUCUGCCAAAAAAAGUGGAACUGUGUCACCUUUUACAAAUUUGACUUCAGUGAACCAUAAGUGUCUCUUGUCCCAUAAGCACAACACUGUAGCCGAGAACCUCAUCACGCCCUGCCCUCCCCCAGCUAGUGAGAAGCAGAGAAGCAGACCCGGAUUACUUACAGUUGUUCAUCAGACUAAAAUGUACAUAUCUUUAUUAACCUUACAUUACUAAACAGUGAGGAAAUGGUUUCAUUACCAAACAAAGUAAAUUUUCCAAAAUUGUUUACAAAAUUUAAAGUCUGAAAAAUUAGUUUGUGUGGCCAUCGCGUGUAUUCUUGAUUCACUCGCCUUGUUGUGGAGUCUUUCAUAUUGCCUUUUGUAAAGUCUAAAGCAGAGAAAAGGAAUGCUUACCACUUUUCUAUAGAAUGUCUGAAAGAUGCUGUUCACUAAGUCAUAAAAUGGCUCUGCAACACUGGAAGACUGUGAAUCUUGGAGUCCCCGCCUCUGCGGCCUCAAGACUUGCUCCUAGCUGGCAGACUCCCAGCCUUACCCUGUGCCUUCCAUGCCCUACAGUACCUCGCCUCCAGAGGGACCAGUACUGUCACAUCCAUCCAGGUGUUGCCCCUUUUUGUACACCCGCUCGCUCGUUCUCGUUACUCGCCUAACUUAUUAUACGUGUGGACCUUUUUCCUUCAUUGAGAGGAUAGAUGGUGUGAAGAGCAGUCUGACCCUGCAGCAUCAGAUAAAGAAUGCUGUGCCAGAUACUGACUCCUAGAUCUGUGAAUCUCCCAACAAGUUCUGCUAUUGAAGCACAUUACGGCCUUAAGAGAGUGAAGGAAGUUACUGUGUUAAAAAGAGAACAGAGAGAGAGAACCUUGUUACUAUCAGACAGUUUUGUUAACCAUUAUCACGUUAGAAAUAUUAUAACAGAAUACUGUCUUAUGUACCACUAGGCGUCUGUGUUUUUAGAGAAGUAUAUAUAUAGAGAUAUAUAUAUGAAAACACCCAUGUUGUGUUAAGUGUUAAGUCUAUUUGAUGUUGUACUUGUGUGUAUAACUCACUGACUUUAAACCAUCUUUUUAUUAUGACACUGGCUUGGUGAAGUCAGCUUAAUUGUCUUGAUUCUCAGCCAAAAGACCAUCCUUUCAGAUUAAGUCCAUUUUUGUACUGUCACUUUUUUACUGUUUUACACCCAUCAUUUUCCCUUUUAUAACAUGUUUCUUUUAAGAAUCAGUACUUGACUGACAAAGUCUAAAAUAACAGAAUGGUACGUUCGCUUCACAGUGCUGACGUAUACACUCACUGUAGCAAAGUUUCUCCUUUUAUCUUUAAUACUGUUUUCUUGGGUUACAUGACUUCAGAAUCUUGUUUACAUGCAGAUAUUACUUACCUAUUUAUUUGCUAUACUAGUUGAUUUUAUUUUGAGUGUCUUGUUAAUGAUUCCAUCAUUGUAUAAUAAGAUAAUACACCAAUACAAAUAUGCAUUCAGAAAAUUCAAGUGACGAACAGAAGGAAGCAAGAUUUGUGUGGCUGGUGUAGUGAGUGGCAAGUUUCCUUCAUGAUGUGUGGAGGAGGAACACUUGUCUGCUCCUGUACUUGGCUACAUGAAAAGAUCUGUUCUGAUCUAUCUUUUUUGUAUAUUGGUAAUGCUGCCCUUUUUUGCCUCAUUGAUGUGAAACAGAUGAAAUACAGUAGUGUACCAAAUAAAUUAUUGAAUUUUA